CCUGAUUUAAGUAAAUGGUUCAUGGCGCUAAAAUUUAGAAUCACUUCACAGUGAUUCUUAUCUUUAUGUACUAUAGGAGCAUGAUGGCAGACAUACUUUCAGAGAUCUUCGAUAUAUUUUGUAUGCCACUGUUACGCAAACUUAAAUCUAAUUUUGAAUUUUCUUAAGGUCGUGCUACGUGUAACGACCUUGAGAAUGAGGUACGCUCUCCUAGCGUCAGCAAGUUUGAUUGUUUCAUCCAUCGUCGUAACCAAUACUUAUUACCGCAAAAAGCAGUUUUACCCCACUGUCGUAUACCUGACUAAUAAUCAGCCAUCCCUUUCUAUACUCCUUUUUCAAUGUGUCGUCAUACUCUUCUUGGUUGUAAAAGCACUCACAUAUGCUUUCUUCGGUCGGCUCCAAAGAGCAGAAGUUGAUAAUCUUGUUUCACAGUCAUGGUAUGCUUUCUUCGACAUGUGCUUGGUUUUUGCAUUCUUCCAGAAUGAAUUGGGAGUCGAAUUUCUUUUCUUGUUCGCUAUACUUUUAUUUGUCAGAGCCUUUCACUGGCUGAUUGAAGAAAGGGUCGAUUAUAUGGAAAGAUCACCUGUCAUUAGUGUUCUGUUUCACCUUCGAACAAUGAUGCUUAUUACUCUUCUAACCCUUGUGGAUGUAUAUUUCAUCAAAACAGCCUACUGGAAGCCCGCUACACACGGAAUAUCCGUACAUUUGGCUUUGGGGAUAGAGUAUUUCAUCUUAAUAUUGAGUCUUCUAUCGACUACUGUACGUUAUAUUUUACAUUCGAUUGACUCUAUGCGAGAACAUUCCUGGAAUAAGAAAGCUACAUAUCUCUUAUAUGUGGAUAUUCUCAUUGGAUUUAUUCGUUUGGCUGUGUAUGUUGAGUUUACGUUCAUCAUGUGGUCACUGCACCCAUUUCCUUUGUUUAUCGCGCGACCUAUCUAUCUUAGUAUCAGAUCACUAAAAAAGGCGAUUCGAGAUAUGUUGAUGUCACGUCGUGCGAUUCGAUACAUGAACACAGUUUUCCGUGAUGCCACUCCAGAUGAUUUGGCUUCCUCCUCAGAUACUGUUUGCAUAAUCUGUCGUGAAGAAAUGAAUCUUCAAACAGAUAAUAUACCAUCGGUUGGGACUUCAGCUCUCAAAAGGUUACCUUGUUCUCACAUUUUCCAUUUUGGUUGUUUACGUUCAUGGUUCCAACGUCAACAGACUUGUCCAACCUGUCGAAUGGAUGUCAUUCGAGAAGCUAGAGUUCAAGAAAGACAGCGACAGCAACCUCAUCAUUCAGUAAACACCAAUAAUGCACAACCAGAUAGCUCAACAACUUCUGGUCCAUCUAAUCCAACUGCAACACCGUCUGUUGCUGCUAAUAAUCAAAACUUCCCAAUGCCAUGGAUGCCUCCUGCAAAUGCAUUUCCGUUUUAUCCACCGUUUAUUCCUCCUACAAAUAAUUCAACAACUACACAGGCUCAGACUGUCUUUCCGUCUGUGCCUCCUUUAUACAUACCACCCUUUAUGGGCAUGCCUAUAAUAUACCCUGGUAACUUGUUUUCUAAUGGAAAUACUCCUAUGCCAGAACCUCCCUCUGGACCACCUGAAUCAGCUGAUGAGGCUCGUCUUCGUGCCAGUGCCGAAGCCCGUUUCACCGCUUUACGCCAAAUAAAUGUACUGUUGAAUGCAGCUGUCCUGCAAAUGAAUGCUUACCUCAAUGCGGCUAGCGCUCCCCCAAGUGAAUUAGAACCUAUGACUUCUAUUAAUACUGCCCUCAACACCGACAAUGUAGAAUCAAAUAAUGAAGAAAAGGAAGCCCUAAUUAAUGAUGUAAAACCUCAGUUAGAGUCCGAUGGUAAAUGUCCCCUUGCAUCUGAAGAUUCGGAAUUUACGGAAGUUCGUAAACGUAGACUAGAACUUUUCGGAUGCUCAUCUGGAGAAAUCACUUCAAAGUCUAACUCUGAACCUAAUGAUGUGCCCAAUUGAUCUUGUGACGUUUAUAUAUACCUAACUCUGAUAUUGCUCGGUUUAUUCCGAGUUUAGUUUGUGUAAGUUGAAUUCUAUAUGGCCAUAUAUUCUUUCAGAAUUCUUGAAUAAAACGAAUGGCCUUCUAUAUAUUUCAAAAUUGAAAUUAUAUUUGAUGUAACAUUGUUUCGUUAUAUUCUGUCUUCAAGUAGUCGCAAUAGUUCGCCUUUAUUACUUGUUAUGUUUCGUGGAGUGUGAGAUAUUUCUCUUCAUAAUAAUUAGCAAUAUGAUUUUGUUCAAUGUAAAUCUACUUUGUUUUAAAUUGCAGGGAGUAGUGCUAAUAAUAGACAAUAGUUUAAUGUGCCAUUUAAGCAGUGCCAAAUUAAUGUCUUUGAUCCAGUUUUGUCGUAUGGCUGUAUUUAUUUAUUGCAAUCUUUCAAAAGUGCAAAUAAUUGUCAGCAAACAAUCGAUUGGUGAUUUGUAAUGAAGCCUCUAUGCAAUUUGCGUUUUAGGAACGGAUAUCUUAUAAUGAGUCUGCAGCCUUUGCAUAUUGAAAAUAUCACCUAUUAUGUUUCAGUAUCUAUUAUAUUCCGAGUUGAAGAUAUCAUUUGUCAAUUUUAUCGCUUAGGUGUGGGGGUUUCAAAAUGAACAGGUUAUAUGCUAGUGUAGGUAGUUCCGUCUUAAGAGCUAUGCAAUAAACAUUUUAUUCAGGACUAUCGGAGGGAAAGUUAUAACCAGAGUUAGCGAGUACAAUGUUCUCCGAAGCUUUGACUCUAAAAUUGCCAAAAACAAUCGGACCAGUGCUUACUAUUUAUUCAUAGGCAUUUAAAGCAUGUGAUUUCGAAAUUUAACAUAUAUUUUGGG